GCUCCAGGGAUGCCCAGGGAGGCGCAGUCCACCUUAGUAGCCUGAUAGCCCUUCUCGGGGUCCGCGCUCCUUGCCUCUCCCCUUGGCCGGGCUGUGUCGCCUGCCGGCCUCGGCUCUCGGCUCUCAAGCUUCUCCGCGGCCCCUGCAGCAACACAAGGACAGGAUGCUGAAGAAGUUCGAUAAGAAGGACGAGGAGUCCGGUGGGGGUUCCAAUCCAUUCCAACACUUAGAGAAAAGUGCUGUGCUGCAAGAAGCCCGAGUAUUCAAUGAGACACCUAUAAACCCCCGGAAAUGUGCUCACAUCCUCACCAAGAUUUUGUAUCUCAUAAACCAGGGGGAGCACCUUGGUGUGAUGGAAGCCACAGAAUCCUUCUUUGCAAUGACCAAGCUGUUCCAGUCCAAUGAUCCAACUCUCCGCAGAAUGUGCUACCUGACCAUCAAAGAGAUGUCCAGCCUCUCAGAGGAUGUCAUCAUUGUGACUAGCAGUUUAACCAAAGAUAUGACGGGGAAAGAUGACAACUACAGAGGCCCUGCUGUACGAGCCCUCUGCCAGAUUACCGAUACGACCAUGCUGCAGGCCAUCGAGCGCUACAUGAAGCAGGCGAUUGUGGACAAGGUGCCCAGUGUCUCCAGCUCUGCCCUUGUCUCGUCUUUGCAUCUUCUGAAAACAAGCUUUGAUGUGGUAAAACGCUGGGUGAAUGAGGCUCAGGAGGCAGCUUCGAGUGAUAAUAUCAUGGUCCAGUAUCAUGCCCUUGGCUUGCUAUAUCACGUGCGCAAAAAUGACCGCUUGGCUGUCAACAAAAUGCUGAACAAGUUCAUGCGCCAUGGCUUAAAAUCGCCUUUUGCCUAUUGCAUGAUGAUCCGAGUGGCCAGCAAACUGCUGGAAGAAGAAGCUGGAGGCCGUGACAGCCCCCUGUUUGAUUUCAUUGAGAGCUGCUUACGGAACAAGCAUGAGAUGGUGGUCUAUGAAGCUGCAUCUGCCAUUGUUAACCUGCCCAGCUGCUCGGCUAAAGAACUGGCGCCGGCUGUGUCUGUGUUACAAUUGUUCUGCAGUUCACCCAAGGCAGCACUUCGCUAUGCAGCUGUUCGAACCCUCAACAAGGUUGCUAUGAAGCACCCGUCUGCUGUGACUGCCUGCAAUCUUGAUCUGGAGAAUCUGGUCACAGACUCCAACCGCAGCAUUGCCACCCUGGCCAUCACCACCCUGCUGAAAACCGGCAGCGAAAGUAGCAUUGACCGGCUCAUGAAGCAGAUCUCCUCUUUUAUGUCUGAAAUCUCCGACGAGUUCAAGGUUGUUGUGGUACAGGCCAUCAGCGCCCUCUGUCAGAAGUAUCCACGCAAGCAUGCCGUCCUCAUGAACUUCCUCUUCACAAUGCUGCGUGAGGAGGGUGGCUUUGAGUACAAGCGAGCCAUUGUUGAAUGUAUCAUCGGCAUCAUUGAGGAGAACUCAGAGAGCAAGGAAACCGGACUCUCCCACCUGUGCGAGUUCAUUGAAGAUUGCGAGUUCACCGUCCUGGCCACUCGCAUUCUCCACCUGCUGGGCCAGGAAGGGCCUAAGACCAACAACCCUUCAAAGUACAUUCGUUUCAUUUACAACAGAGUCGUCUUGGAACACGAGGAAGUCCGGGCAGGUGCUGUGAGUGCUCUGGCUAAAUUUGGGGCUCAGAACGAAGAAAUGCUCCCCAGUGUCCUUGUGUUGCUGAAGAGGUGUGUGAUGGAUGAUGACAAUGAAGUGAGAGACAGGGCCACGUUCUACCUGAGUGUCUUGGAGCAGAAACAAAAAGCCCUCAAUGCUGGCUACAUCCUGAACGGAUUGACUGUAUCCAUCCCUGGCCUGGAGAGGGCGCUACACCAAUAUACACUGGAUCCUUCUGAAAAACCCUUUGACCUGAAGUCUGUUCCCUUGGCAACUGCCCCCAUCACUGAACAAAGAACAGAAAAUGCUCCGGUGUCUGCCACCAAGCAGCCAGAGAAAGUGGCAGCGACCAGACAAGAAAUAUUCCAAGAACAAUUAGCUGCCAUCCCAGAGUUCCAAGAACUUGGCCCGCUGUUCAAGUCCUCUUCCGAGCCAGUGGCUCUUACAGAAUUGGAGACGGAGUAUGUGAUCCACUGUACCAAGCACACGUUCACAAACCACAUGGUGUUCCAGUUUGACUGCACAAACACCCUGAAUGAUCAGAUCCUGGAAAAUGUCACAGUGCAGAUGGAGCCAACUGAGGCAUAUGAGGUCAUUGGUUACAUACCUGCCAAAAGUUUGCUGUACAACCAACCUGGCACUUGCUAUACAUUGAUUGCAUUGCCUGAAGAGGACCCAACAGCAGUGGCCUGUACGUUCAGCUGCAUGAUGAAAUUCACUGUCAAGGACUGUGACCCGAACACCGGUGAAGCAGAGGAAGAGGGCUAUGAGGACGAAUAUGUGCUGGAAGACAUUGAGGUGACCAUAGCAGAUCACAUCCAAAGGGUUCUGAAGCCAAAUUUUGGAGCAGCCUGGGAAGAAGUUGGCGAUGAGUUUGAAAAAGAAGAGACUUUCACGUUAUCCACAGUGAAAACACUGGAAGAGGCAGUAGGCAAUAUUGUCAAAUUUCUAGGGAUGCAGCCCUGCGAGCGGUCAGAUAAAGUGCCUGAAAACAAGAACUCUCAUGCCUUGUACCUGGCAGGUGUAUUUCGGGGUGGCCACGAUCUCUUGGUCCGUUCUCGUCUUGUCCUGACAGACACUGUGACAAUGCAAGUCACAGCACGGAGUGGAGAAGAACUUCCUGUGGAUGUUGUCAUGGCCUCUGUUGGUUAAACACAAUAUAGGACUUGAUAUUUCAAACUCUGAAGCCAAAGGGGGUGUUGGAAAUGUAUCCCCACUACUCUGGAUGCUGAGAGAAUCAUUAGAACAUUAGCUCUUUUUCUAAUUAGGGGGGGGG